AUGGAUUUGAAUCGCUGUCGCUCCGUCUUAGUUUCUGCUGCUUACCAACAGCAUGUUCAAUUGAAAGGCAAAUCAAACAACCGAAAAGAGUUGGCCAAGGAUAUUUGUACGCAAGCGCGUGCUUCUUCUUUCCCACCCAGUUCAGGUGGUAAAUUAUCGAUAUGCCGACGAAGAGGAAGACGAUACGAACACAGGUUGGAUGAUCGAGUUGCUAAUUUCUUCAAAACUGAGAAAAGCGGUAAAGUCGCCAGGUCAGGUAGAGGUAGUUAUAGAGACGUUCCCGCGGAAUUGAUGAUAAACACUUCACAGCCCUGUUGGAACAACGAUCCCUCACGCCGAAGCGACCCAAGCCAACAAGUCGGACCCUCGGACUCCUAUCCGGAAUUUCACUGCUCGGUACGUUUGAAUAUACACGUUUGA